UUAAGUUGGCUACAUCUAGAAUGGCAUGUAGUAUAUUUCAAUUGAAUUUAGUUGACGAGUCCGUGGCUUGUGGCUUACAAUCAAAACUGUCUUUUGGAAUUUUUGCCGAAGGAAUAUAUAUUGUAUGAAAAUCAACAUGAAUAUUACAUCAGCAGCUGGUAUCAUUUCUCUCCUUGAGGAACCAAUGCCAGAAUUAAAAGUGUUUGCUUUAAAAAAGUUGGAUAUGAUAGUAGAUGAAUUUUGGCCUGAAAUUUCUGAGGCCAUAGAAAAGAUUGAAAUUCUUCAUGAAGAUAAAUCAUUUCCUCAACAUGAUUUAGCUGCAUUAGUUGCUAGUAAAGUAUAUUAUCAUUUAGGAAGUUUUGAAGAUUCUUUAACUUAUGCUUUGGGAGCUGGGGAACUCUUUGAUGUUAAUGCCCGUAAUGAAUAUGUUGAUACUACCAUAGCUAAAUGUAUUGAUUAUUAUACUCAACAACGUGUAUUGGAAGCUGAAGGAAAAUUGCCACCAACUAGUAAAGGAAUUGAUCCAAGAUUAGAAGGAAUUGUAAACAGAAUGUUUCAGAGAUGUUUAGAUGAUAAUCAAUAUCGUCAAGCUCUGGGUCUUGCUCUUGAAACGAGACGAAUGGAUAUCUUUGAAGCUGCAAUUAUGCAAUCAGAUGAUGUUAGUGGAAUGUUAUCUUAUGCCUUCCAAGUUGUUAUGAGUCUUAUUCAGAAUCGUGGUUUUCGUAAUACUGUUCUUCGUUGCCUAGUGAGCCUUUAUCGUAACUUGGGAACACCAGACUAUGUCAAUAUGUGUCAAUGCUUGAUAUUCCUUGAUGAUCCAUUAGCUGUUGCUGAAUUAUUAGAUAGACUGAGCAAAGGUUCUCAAGAUUGUGUUCUUAUGGCUUAUCAAAUUGCAUUUGAUUUAUACGAAUCAGCAACUCAACAAUUCCUUGGACGUGUCUUACAAGCUUUGAGGGCAACAGCCCCCAUUCCAGGAGCUCUUAUGGUUAAACCAAUUGUAAAACCAGCUGCAAAAGUAUCUACUGAAGCUGCUGUUAGUUCUGAAUCUACACCUGUAAUGGAAACUGAAAGUACUACACCAGUUUCUGAGGAAAAAUCCCAACGUAGUGUUGAAAGUUUGAACGCUGAAGAACGUGAGCAACAAGAACGUGUAGACGCUUUAUCAAGCAUAUUAGGUGGUGAAAUUUCGAUUGAUUUGCAUCUCCAAUUCCUAAUUCGUAGUAAUCAUACGGAUAUGCUGAUAUUGAAAAACACUAAAGAUACUAUACGUGUAUCUAUUUGUCAUACUGCCACUGUAAUCGCGAAUGCAUACAUGCAUUCAGGAACUACAAGUGAUCAAUUUUUAAGAGAUAAUUUAGAAUGGUUAGCCAGAGCCACGAACUGGGCGAAAUUAACAGCGACAGCAUCCUUAGGAGUCAUUCAUAGAGGUCACGAACAAGAAGCUUUAGCUUUAAUGCAAUCUUAUCUUCCGCGUGAUUCAGGAGCCGGAGCUGGUUAUUCCGAAGGAGGUGGUUUGUAUGCAUUAGGACUUAUACAUGCAAAUCACGGUGCAGCAAUUACGGAUUAUUUACUUGGUCAGUUGAAGGAUGCGCAGAAUGAGAUGGUUCGUCAUGGAGGUUGUUUAGGACUGGGUCUGGCUGCUAUGGGCUCUCAUAGACAGGAUGUGUAUGAACAGUUAAAAUUCAAUCUUUAUCAAGAUGAUGCUGUUACUGGUGAAGCAGCAGGUAUUGCUAUGGGUAUGGUUAUGCUGGGAUCGAAAUCAACUCAAGCAAUCGAGGAUAUGGUUGCGUACGCCCAAGAAACUCAACAUGAAAAGAUCCUUCGAGGAUUGGCAGUGGGUAUCGCGUUUACCAUGUACGGUCGUUUGGAGGAAGCCGAUCCUUUGGUCGCUUCCCUUUGUGCUGACAAAGAUCCGAUUCUACGUAGAAGUGGAAUGUACACGUUAGCGAUGGCCUAUUGUGGAACCGGAAACAACCAGGCCAUCAGGAAGUUGCUGCACGUUGCUGUCUCUGAUGUGAACGACGAUGUUCGACGAGCAGCGGUCACCGGCCUCGGAUUCUUGUUGUUCAGAACACCAGAACAAUGUCCCAGUGUGGUCUCACUGUUGGCAGAGAGCUACAAUCCUCACGUAAGAUAUGGAGCAGCGAUGGCUCUGGGAAUCGCUUGUGCUGGCACCGGUCUGAAGGAAGCCAUAGCCCUAUUAGACCCAAUGACGAAUGAUUCGGUGAAUUUCGUCCGUCAAGGUGCUCUGAUCGCCUCUGCAAUGAUUCUGAUUCAACAAACGGAGGCCACCUGUCCUCGUGUCAAAGAUUUCAGAGCAUUAUACGCGAAAGUCGUGGUGGACAAGCACGAGGAUGUAAUGGCGAAAUUUGGCGCCAUUUUGGCGCAAGGGAUCAUCGAUGCCGGUGGUCGUAACGUGACAGUGUCACUGCAAUCGAGGACAGGCCACACGAACAUGCUCGCAGUAGUCGGUGCAUUAGUAUUCACUCAGUAUUGGUAUUGGUUCCCAUUGGCCCAUUGCUUGGCACUUGCCUUCACCCCAACUUGUCUGAUCGCUCUGAACGCUCAGCUAAAAAUGCCAAAGCUAGAAUUCCGUUCAAACGCCAGACCAAGUGUCUAUGCUUAUCCUGCACCCCUGGAGGAGAAGAAACGCGAGGAAAGGGAGAAAAUCACCACUGCGGUUCUCAGUAUCGCCGCCAGGGCGCGUAGACGCGAAUCUGAAAGGCGUGCACGUGACUCUCACGAGAAGAUGGAUGUGGAUCCGCCGGAAACGGUGAAGGAGCCGGUGGAGGCGGCGGCCAAGGAGAAAGAGGAGAAGAAGAAAGAGAAGGAAACUAAAGAAGUGAAAGAAACGAAGGAGAAGGUCGAGAAAAAGAGCAAAGAGGAGGGCGAGAAAACGACCGAGAAGGAGAAGAAGGAGGCUGAGCCCAAUUUCGAGAUCCUUCAGAAUCCUGCUCGUGUGCUGAGACAGCAACUGAAGGUGAUACAGUUGGUGGAAGGAAGCCAUUAUGUGCCCGUCAAGGAUAUUCAGAUCGGGGGUAUCGUGAUGGUGAAGCACAUCCAAUCGGAUACUGAAGAGGAAUUGGUGGAACCAGUGGCCGCUUACGGUCCUCAUCCGGAAGAAGAGCAAGAAGCGGAACCACCAGAGCCAUUCGAGUACACCGAGGAUUAAACGAGAAUGCAUCGCAGAAAUCUUUACUGUGUGACCGCCAACGUCGCAAUGCAAAAUCAUUUGUUCACGCAUACACAUUUAAAAUAGUUCAGUAGAAACGACACGAAAAAAAAAAGAAAAAAAAAAGAAAAAUCAUCCGUUAUUUCCGUUUCGCGUAACGCUUACAGCGAUACUUCCUGUCUUAUUUUUAUAUAAUUAAUUCUUCGCCACUAAGUGGCUGUUUCUCCAUAUUGUUUAUUAUCUAAAUAGUGCUCUGUUUCUUAAUUAUUAAAAAAUAUAUAUAAUUUGCUCUGAU